UGUCGAUAGUGUAUUCUUGCAUGGGCCGCUCUGUUCGAGGCGGGCGCGCGCGCGCGUGUGUGUGUUUGGUUCACUCCUCCACGGCGCAGGAUCUCUCCAUCGCUUCCGCGGAAGAACCCGUCUCUGCUGUCCCACUAAGAUGGAGCUGUCUGCGGCAGGGGACCGAGUGUUUGCCGCUGAGGCCAUCCUGAAGCGCCGCGUCCGUAAGGGACGGAUGGAGUAUCUAGUGAAAUGGAAAGGAUGGGCAAUAAAGUACAGCACAUGGGAACCUGAGGAGAACAUCCUAGAUGAACGACUCGUUGCAGCGUUUGAGCAAAAAGAGCGGGAGCAGGAGAUGUAUGGACCUAAAAAGAGAGGCCCGAAACCUAAAACGCUUCUUCUAAAGUCAAGAGCACAGGUUGCAGAGACUUCCUCACGAGUCCCGGAGUUCAAGCACACUCGUCCUCAGCAGCAUUCCAAGCUUCCUCCGCCCUCGGCUGCACCGUCCUACACCCCAACUGCCCCUUCCAACGCUAAACUGCAGUCGGGUGCCGCCCAGCCCAAACUGAAGAAAGACAUUCACCGCUGCCAUCGUAUGGCACGUCGCCCCUUGCCCCGCCCAGACCAAACAGUCGGUCCCUCCGGUCCUUUUUCAUCCCGUCCAACAGUAAGCCCAUUCUCUGAAACUGUCCGCAUUCUCAAUCGUAAAGUCAAACCCAGGGAAGUGAAGAAAGGACGGGUCAUUCUGAACCUCAAAGUGGUUGACAAGGCUGGGAAUGGUGGAGUUGCUAAUAGUAAAAGGACACAUGUGCCCUCCACCCAGCAGUCCCAUUUUGGGCGGCAGAAGAUUCCGUCCAGGAAUAGGGUGAUUGGGGAAAACAGGCGGUUUGGAGAGGUAUCCUAUCGAGGAAUCCAGCCCCCUAUUAGAAGUUCUGGGUUUCCUGUUUUCGGAAAACUUUUCGAUUCUCACUCUCUGAACAAUGCCGAGAAUCAGACUCAAAGUGGAGAGAGUCGUAAUACCACGACAAACAAUCUCUCUUCCUCCCAAAGUUCAAAAGUGGACAUGCCCAAAGGUCAAACUCUUGAUGAGCUGCCUCCCUCAAACUCGAGCUCUGAAGUUUCAGACGGCGAGCCACCCUCCCCGCGACAAACCCAAUCCCAGCAUUCCUCAUUGCAGCCCAAGGCCUCCGCAACCAAAACCCAAGACAAACACGGCGCUCAACCCGUAGCGUCCAAAAACAGCUCAGCUCCUUCUGCUCUUCCAUCCUCUCCUAUGUUUUCCUCAUCGUCCUCUGCGUCGUCAUCCUCAGAAGACAACGAACACAUCCUGGACCUUUCUGUACCUCACGAAAUGGACAGGCGAUUGCGGCGACGCCAUCCUUUUCUGGCCGUCGUCCGCUCAAGGUCCCAGAGGUGCCCGUGUCGGAGGAACCGUCAGAGGAAGAAGAUUUGGACUGGCAUCCUGACAUGACCUCCCGAUGUGCCAACGUAGUCGUAACGGACAUCACAGCGAACCUCCUCACCGUCACGAUCAAGGAGUUCUGUCAUCCGCCCUCCGCCACUCCUCCUCCCUGCUACCCCAAAAAUAUAUCAGCUCAGCACGACACAAAACAGCCAAAGCACCAUCCCAACAAAACAUGAGUGUGGACACCACAGAUACGACCUCCUCCGGCCUUCAGAAGGGAUCUUAGGAGGUUUGUUAGUAGUUUGUUUACAGUUUCAGCUGCCUGGUGCUCAUGCGAGUCUUUGUUAAGAGAUGUGGCCAAGCUGUCCACUCUACAACACUGUGCCAUGACUUUUAUAGCCAUGAAAGAAUGUUUCUGAAGGAUUUUUUGGCUCACUGUGUUUAAUCUGAACACAUGGACUUUUCUAAGAAUGGAUUUACUCACCAAUGGCUUCUUUAAAGAUGUGCCAAACAACUUCCUGUAUUGUAUUUAUUCCACAUAUCUUAUUAUUACUGAUUGGUUUUUUAUAUAUACACUACUGUUCAAAGGUGUGGCAUUGGUGAGAUUUUUUGCAUUUUUUUUAAACAGUAUUGUCAAAAAUGUUUCAAAUUUAGAACUGUUUUCUGUUUUAAUAUUUAAAAAAUAAUUUAUUUCUGUGAUUGCAAAGCUUUUCAGCAGCCAUUACUGCAAUCUUCAGUGUCACAUGAUUGGGAAUCAGCCUAAUUUAAAGAAACAUUUCUUGUUCAUGUCAAUGUUAAAAACAGCUGUGUUACAUUUUUGUUAAAACAGUGAUACAUUUUUCAGGCUUCUUUGAAUAUAAAGUUAAAAAAUUCAAAAAGUACUAAUUUCUUACAAAAAAAUCAUACUGAUCCCAUGCUUUUGAACAGCAGUACAUAAUAUAAACCAAGUGUUAUCUGCAUCUACAAACUCACUUUCAUACUGGAGUCUAUUUACUCAAUUCAAUUAUUUCUGUGAGUGAAUGUAUUAUGUAUAGCAUAAGUAACAUUGAAUUGUGCUGUAAAUCACAACUGGGAGCUCAAUUUAAGACCUUUUUGGUUAUAUAUUCAAAGUAUAUUUUAGGGUCCAAAUGUAUAAAAUUAAUAGUAAAAUUUGUCUGGUAAUUUAUUGCCACCAAAAUGAUCUUGAACAAAACAAUUUUCAGUAAAAUCACCUGCAGUAAUUAUGAGUAUUCAAGCAGGAAACUAUAUUUAUUGUCAUUAGAACAGCAAAAUGCAGUUUCUUUUCUUGUAAGAAAUAUUUUUGGCCAUAAAACUUUCUCAGUUCACCUGUCAGCUUAUUUUAGACCCUGGUUAUGUUUUAUUUAUAGCUGGGCUUUAGCAUAUGGCAGGAUUUCUGACACAAACACCUCCAUCUUUAAGCGUAACUACAGCCAGUACCUUCAUAAUGAAGCAGAAUAACAACCAUCUCUGUCAAACGUGUAUGUUUUAUCUCUGUCAAAACUAUCUGGCAAGUGUUUAUAGUGCUGUCUUAUCCACUGUCCCUUUCGCCAAGGUUUUCAGUUAUUAGUUACACAGUAAGAAAUGCUCCGGUGAGAGAAGGAGAGAAUGAAGAACAGGAGGUUUUGUUGUUGCUAAGCUGAAAUGCAGAUAUAAUGCCCAAUUUUCAACUCCAGGAAACUAAGCAAGUAGGAAAUGAGUUUCUUCUGUGCUUUUUUUUUUUAGAUUUUCCACUUUAAUUUAGCUGGAAAUCACAAAAAGGGAACAACAGUUGUUUUGAAAUCUAGCUGUUAAUUGAUGUAGAAACAUCUGCUAUUUAUUUUUGCCUUUUCAAAGACAAGUUUGUUCAUAUAAGUCUCUUUUGUCUCUAACUGAAGUGCUCUUUUGUAGAAGAGGCUCUUAGUUCUUGUGCUGCAAAAAGCUCUGAGCUCAAGUUAAGUCAAUAAGGUCGUCAUCUAGCACUCUGUCUCUCACUUCCAGUUCGAAAGCCAUCGCUUUCGCAUCAUCCUGCUCUCUCUUUAUCGGCGGGGAUAGAUCAGUCUCAGCAAAGAGAGUGUGGAGUCUGUGACUUUGAAUCCAGAGAAAGAGCAUUUGCUUAGACUUGGCAAAGAGCCUUUUGGGAAAAGCGAGCUUUUGAUCUAGUCCUGAUGUGGUUGGAACGGUCUCUACCCUCCAGUUACGCUUUAAUGAGAGCUGAAGUUUGAACCCUACGGGCUUGGGUCUUGAUGCAAGCCAGUGUCAGAUUUGAAAUAAGAAAAGGCACAAGCGAAACACACUCGCCUGAUGAAGUGGACGGUGAUGUCAUUGAUGUGGAAACUUUUGCUGUGGCCAAACACAAUGUUUAGGGCUUUGCUUAGGGUCAUAAAAUGAGCUCAUAGUGCAGUUUCCCCUCACGUUCUUGCUGUGCCUUGUUCUCGAUGUCCAACAAGCCUUUUAUGUAUUACAUCAUUUAAACCUUAUUUUAAAGUUAGGACUUGAUUGAUUGAAUCAAAAAUGAAUCACAAGAGUGCAACUCUAGAUUUCAUUAAUUAACAUGAAUUUAUGUGAUAUUGAAGCUUUUUAAUAUGUACUGUCAUUAAUGUGUUAAUUGUCAGUUAGAGAUGUGCCUGAAUCAGACCUGCUCUCUGCAGCAUUGUUGGUCCUAAAUCCUUGAUAUUUUCAGCAAACACUGAAUCUUCUGAUCCCUAUGGCCUCCCUAUAAUCCCACUUAACCAGCACUCCAAGACUUGUGCAUGGAGCAAGAUUGAGAAUCAAGAUUUCCUCUCAAAAUCCCCAUCAGGAGAUUGGCUCUGAGUUCAGGGCAUCUUUUUGUUUAUCCAGCUGAAUCCUGACUCUCAUUAUUCCUCCACAUCUGCUGACAGUUUAGCUCAAACCUUCAUGAUAAGGAUGUUUUAAGGACGCACUCUCCCGCUGACCAGUAUCAAAUGGACUUUUAUUGUUAUGGAGUUGUUUGUUCAGCCAUAUUGUGUGUUUAGCCAUCUUUUUUUUUUACAAAUGGCAAAUUUGAGGAAUUGCAAAUUCCUCUGCACUUAGAUUGCAUGUUUUCAUGUUUGUGUUAUUUAAAAAGAUAAACAUUAAUGCACUCGUGCCUUUGUGCAAAGGAAGAGUUUUUGAAUAUGUAAAUAUUUUCAAACUGAUCAUAUAUGGCUCUUAUUUUGGUGUGAUUCAUUUGAGUGAAGUUUGAAUAUGUGGCAUUAAUUUGUAUUUUAGGCUGCAGUUCUGGUUUCAUGUACGUCAGAAUGGACAUGACUUUCUCAUAACUUUAUAUACAAAACAUUGUGUUUAUGUUGCUUUGACAAAGUCAAUGUACUGUACUGUUAUACUGUACACACUUAAUUUAAUGCAGGGUGUUCAAACUACAUCCAGCAGACCCAUCACAGCCCUUCAGACUGAUUUCACUUCUUUUCUAACUGGACUUACUUGAUUUCCCAAGACAAUUAAAUAUCCUGUUGAUUUCAAUGGUAAAUUUCUAACUGUAUUUCCUGAGCUUUUAAACUAUGUCAACCAAACACCUAGUUAGUAUAUUGGAUGAACUAAGUCAGACUUAUCAGGCCAACAUUCAACCAGAUCUGUAGUGUCAUCUGAGAGUGUUAAGCACAUAAAAUAUACGCAGAUCAUUAAUGCACCAAAUGUUUGAGAACGAGCCCUUAAGCUACAUUCAUGUGCACUGUGUAACUUCUGAACCAUUCUGUGUAGUUUUAACAUUGAUCAGGACUCAACAGUGAUG